UUUGCUUCCGGACUGGGAAAGAGAGCGGGAAGCGCUGCAGAGAAGCUGAAGUAGAGAAAAGCAGCGCAGCUGGAGCCUGGAAAAGUUUGCUCAAAAAUGUGGGGAUCACCUUUGAAGAUGGAAGCUACAAUCCCUGAAGAAGAAGGAGCUCUCUUGGAGCAGGGGCAGAGGGUGCAGGCGGUGGAGCAUGCCCAAGAUGCCCUCCCCUGUGGAACAGGCAGUGAAGAGAUGCUGUUGAGCCGUUGUCUUUUCCAAGGUGUAGGAACAGCUGCUGCACCCCCAAUCCAGGGUCCCUUUUCCUUUGAGGACGUGUCCGUCUCUUUCACGGAGGCAGAGUGGGCCCUGCUGGAUCCGGGACAAAGAGCUCUGUACUGGGAAGUCAUGCUGGAGAACUAUGGGAAUGUGGCCUUUUUGGCAGAAAAUGAUCAGAGGAAUGAGGAGGGGGAGGAACUUCAUCAGCAAAUGCCAGAUAGAGUGAAAAAUGAAGACUUGGAUGAAAACAGGAGUAAAGGCAGACCUAAAAGAAAGGCAAGCGGUGCUAUGGUAGAGAAGCGUGAUGGAAGAAAGUGGAAUGUACGUUUUUCAAACCAAAGGAUAUUGAAGACAAGGAAAUCCAUUCAAUGUGGAAAGUAUUUCAGAGAUAGAUCACAGCUCCUUAUAAACCAAAGAAUACACAGGGAGGAGACAGCUGACUAUUCAGAGAUGAGAAAUGAAUUCAGUCAGAGUAGCUAUCUUCAGCUUCAUCAAAAAACUCUCCAAGGAGAGAAACCUUUUAACUGCUCAGAGUGUGGAAAGAGAUUCAGUACAAGUAGCAAUCUUCAAUUUCAUCAGAGAACCCACACAGGGGAGAAACCUUUUGAAUGCUCAGAAUGUGGAAAGAGAUUCAGUCGGAGUGACAAUCUUCAAGAACAUCAGAGAACGCACACAGGGGAGAAGCCGUUUGAAUGCUCAGAGUGUGGAAAGGGAUUCAGACACAGAGGAAAUCUUCACCAGCAUGAAAGAACGCACACAGGCGAGAAACCUUUGGAAUGCUCAAAGUGUGGAAAGAGAUUCAGUCGGAAGGAUCACCUUCAAUAUCAUCAGAGAACCCACACAGGGGAGAAACCUUUUGAAUGCUCAGAAUGUGGAAAGAGAUUCAGUCGGAGUGACAGGCUUCAAGAGCAUCAGAGAACGCACACAGCGGAGAAGCCGUUUGAAUGCUCAGAGUGUGGAAAGAGAUUCAGUCGGAGUGGCGAUCUUCAAUGUCAUCAGAGAUCCCACACAGGGGAGAAACCUUUUGAAUGCUCAGAGUGUGGAAAGAGAUUCAGACACAGAGGACAUCUUCACCAGCAUGAAAGAACGCACACAGGGGAGAAGCCUUUUGAAUGCUCAGAGUGUGGAAAGAGAUUCAGACACAGAGGACAUCUUCACCAGCAUGAAAGAACGCACACAGGGGAGAAACCUUUUGAAUGCUCAGAGUGUGGAAAGAGAUUCGGUCAGAAGGCUCAUCUUCAAUAUCAUCAGAGAACCCACACAGUGGAGAAACCUUUUGAAUGCUCAGAGUGUGGAAAGAGAUUCAGUUUCAAUGGCGAUCUUAAAAAGCAUCAGAGAACACACACUGGAGAAAAACCCUUUGAAUGCUCAGAGUGUGGAAAGAAAUUCAGUACUAGUGGCCAUCUUCAAUGUCAUCAGAGAACCCACACAGGGGAGAAACCUUUUGAAUGCUCAGAGUGUGGAAAGGGAUUCAGACACAGAGGGCAUCUUCACCAGCAUGAAAGAACGCACACAGGCGAGAAACCUUUUGAAUGCUCAGUGUGUGGAAAGCGAUUCAGUACAAGGAGCAGUCUUCAAUAUCAUCAGAGAACCCACACAGGGGAGAAACCUUUUGAAUGCUUAGAGUGGAAAGAGAUUCAAUACUAG